UUAGCCCUUGGCGGGACGAUGACCCACACAGCUCAAGAUGUCAGGACACCUCUGCAGAGCUUACAAACGCCCAAUGGUGACUCCGAGCAAAAACUCGGAGGGUAAGUGUCCUCGAGGGAUGGCGACUAUGGUUGUCCUGCGCAUGUCUUCCCGCGGUCCUCGAGAUAAGAAGCUCUCGGGUCUUCGGACUAGGGAGCGAAACCAGCAUACUCCUGAACGCACGCCUUCCUGCUUCGACUCAAGAAUUCUUGCCCAUACUAAUGAACCAGUAGAUAGGUGCACUCUCAUCUCUUACCGCCAGUGACCUUGGCUCGUAAAUUACUCGGGAGCCGUUUUCUCACAUUUACAAGGGUUGGUACAUGAAUGGUAUGUUUACC